AUGUCAAAUAAUUCAAGCUGUCCUCCCGAGCCCAAGCCUGGCGAGCCAGGUUACGUGAAUACCGACCGAAUCUGUGGUGCCACCUGGUCCGCAACCAAUUUGCUGGUUCUUUCGCCCAUUGUUGGAGAAUGGAUGAAAAGAGUGUACACAAACGUUCAGAAAGGGAUGGAAAAGAUUCAAUCCUUCCAACGCCGAACCCAUUGGCCGAAGUUUUAA